CCCCUCCCGUCCCCUCCCGUCGUCGUCUCCCCCCUCACCCGAAACCCCGAUUCGAAGCCGGCGGAGUUCGAUUUGGGGAUUUCGGCGCCUCGCUCCCCGAAAUCUCCUGGAUCUGAGUCUGUCCGCCGUCUUCGAUCUGCGGCUGGAGUGAGCCUGCGAGUUUUUCCUGCUUGAUUUGGUCGGGGCCUCGGGCGGUCGGGGUCUUCGAUUUCGGGGAUGGAGUCGUCGCCGGUGUCCUACUGGUGCUACAGCUGCAGCCGCUUCGUGAGGGUGUCUCCGUCGACUGUCGUCUGCCCGGAGUGCGACGGCGGCUUCCUGGAGCAGUUUACGCAGCCGCCGCCGCGGGGCGGCGGCGGGAGCGGCCGGCGCGGGACGAUGAACCCGGUCAUCGUGCUCCGCGGCGGAUCGCUUUCCGGGUUCGAGCUCUACUACGACGACGGCGCAGGCGAAGGGCUGCGGCCGCUGCCCGGUGACGUCCAGCACCUCCUCAUGGGGUCCGGUUUCCACCGCCUGCUCGACCAGUUCUCGCGGCUGGAGGCGGCGGCUCCGCGUCCGCCGGCGUCGAAGGCUGCGGUGGAGUCCAUGCCGUCGGUGACGGUCGCCGGAGGUGGUGCUCACUGUGCCGUGUGCCAGGAGGCCUUUGAGCCCGGCGCCGCCGGCCGGGAGAUGCCGUGCAAGCACGUCUACCACCAGGACUGCAUCCUUCCCUGGCUCUCGCUCCGCAACUCCUGCCCCGUCUGUCGCCAAGAGCUUCCGGCCGCAGCCACCCCAGAUGCGGAGGCGGAUGCUGGGCUCACCAUAUGGCGACUUCCACGCGGUGGAUUUGCCGUAGGCAGGUUCGCCGGUGGGCCUAGAGAGCAGCUCCCGGUCGUCUACACGGAGCUGGAUGGCGGCUUCAGUAACGGGGUUGGGCCGAGGCGGGUGACAUGGCCAGAGGGAGAAGGACAAGUGGAUGGUGGUGAAGGUCGGAUUCGCCGCCUACUUAGGAAUCUAUUUGGCUGUUUUGGUCAGCCAGCGAGUUCGUCGCAGUCCCGUAGUGGCUGAGCACAGUUUUCCUUGGUAACAAGUUUUCAAUUGAUAGCACUGAAGAACUAGGGCUAGUGUAAGAAUGGAACCCAGAUUAUAAUUUCUUGGGGCUUUUGAUGUAAAUGAAGGCCUAGCAUUCCCCCUUCCUUUGUCUCAUUUAAGAAUUAUUAAGAGAUGGCUAUGAGCAAACAUCUUGGAGUAAGCUUUGCAACCAAAUUAGGUCAAACGCACAAGUGCAAACCUUCAAGAAAGGAAUAGCAAUGAAUGUUUUGGGGAAAUCAAUCUUUGUCAAUAUUGUAGGUAGAGAGAACAAUUGUUGUAUUUGCAUCCUGGUGUUUGUGUACAUACUGGAUUGGUUGAACAUGAAUUUCCAUUCUGUUAUAUCU